AUGUUGAAAACAUUUCAUGCGUACGAUCAAGAUCUUUCAUUUCGGUGGGCUUUAUUUGGUCGAUUGAAUUCUCGAUAUAUUCAUUUAAGAAAAUUGGUUAUUGCCUUGGAAUUUUCUGGCUCAGGUUAUGUAUGGAUUCCAUAUUCAUUGAUUAUGAUUGAACUUUAUCGUACAUCAAUAAAUGAAGCAAUGCCAUUUAUUUUACUUUUCACUGGACUUAUGUAUGAUAUAGCUAUCAUUGGUAUAACAAAAAGUAUUAUACGUCGACCCAGACCAAAAAUUAAUCAUGACGAUGUUCUUUCAAUAGGACCAGAUAAAUUUUCUUUUCCAAGUGGUCAUACUUCUCGAGCUGUAUUUCUUUUAUUUUAUUUUAUCGAAACAAAUUUUUUCCAACAAAUUCCAAAGUCAGUUAUUAUAAGUUGGUUAGGUUCAGUGGUUGCUUCACGUAUUUUAUUAGGACGCCAUUAUGUAUCGGAUGUUUUAGCUGGAGUUUUGUUUGGAAUUUUUGAAUGUACAACUAUUGUACAUCUUUCACCUCUUGUAGCUCGGUUUGUUUUAUCGUUUUAUGGCGUUUCAAAUUGA